AUGAGCUUUGAAACCACAGCAUUCACUUUCUUCGUCAUCCUUCUAAUUUGCCUCAGUUGCAUCUUCUUUUUAUUGGUGGUUUUUUUAUAUAAAUGUUCCCAAAGCAGGACAGAUGAAGAGACAGAAAAACGUCCUUGUAUAGAUGCUAAUGGAGGUGAAGAUUGUACAGCUGCUAAUACAGAGAUGAACAAUUCAGGAGACAAAGAAAAGACUCUUGUACCCACGAGACCUGGCAUUCUUGUCCAGAGACGGAGUAAAGCAGUGGUGGCCACACGCUUAGGAAAUGGAGGGGAUGUGAAAGAUGAAGAGGAGGACAAAAUAAAAGAGAAGCAAAAGGCUGAGAAUGCUGGAGAAAAUGGUCAAGAGAAUGACUGUUUGCAAAAACCACCCAUACCUGUCACUGGAAGUCCUUCAGUUGUUGACAACCAUAAAAGACCUUUAAAAGGAGUGACAUUUUCUAGGGAGGUAAUUGUUGUGGACCUUGGAAAGGACAAUCCUAUAGCUCGAAGCUAUACUCGAUUACAUAAAGAGAGAAAAUGA